CUUCCGGUUAGUUCAACCGGCGGAAUCAAAUGGCAGCUGAUGGAUGGCCUUGACACCUGAUUUUUUCAUUUGUCUGUGGUGAUUCCCAACUAUGACAUCUAAUAAUAUGUACAGAGUUGGGGAUUUUGUCUACUUCGAAGUUGCUGCGGCAUCACCAUAUCACAUCAGGAAAAUCGAAGAAUUGAAUAAGACUCCCACUGGCGCAGUAGAGGCCAAAGUAGUAUGUUUCUAUAGGCGACGAGACUUAUCACCGAACUUGAUACAGCUGGCCGACAAACAUCAAAAAGAGUUAGGAACUUGCGGUGAUGAUACGCAACCGGAUAUACUGCACCAGAUACGUCAUCGUGAAUUGUUCCUUUCCCGACAUCUGGAAACACUUCCAGCAACACAUAUUCGUGGAAAAUGCAUAGUUACUCUACAUACCGAAACGGAACCUUAUCAUAUCUACCUGACGAAAGACGACACUUUUUUCUUUCAGUUAGUGUAUGAUCCGUUGCAAAAAACUCUCCAAGCUGACCAAGGAUCUAUUCGGGAAGGUCCUCAAUAUCAAGCAGAGAUUGAGCCUUACCAUCCUCUCCUAGAAUAUUCUACCGACGAAUCUACACAUGAGCAGCUGCUGUGGCGACCAAACAACAAUUUAACUCCUUCAGAUCUAGACUCAUAUCUCCUCUUAAUUAGAUCUCUUGCUACAUUGGGCAGAUCUUUUUAUCCACCACAUAUUCUCCGUCAGCCAAACCUUACAAUGUCUGCAGCUGCAGCGGCCAGAGAUACCACACACCAGUUUGCUUUAGAUACUUUACAUUCUGCUAAUUAUAAUAUCUCGCAAGCACUUCAAAUGUUAGCUCCUCAUGGACAACCGAUCUUAAAGUUGGAUGAAAUGGAGCAGUGGUCAGCAAGCGAAGGCAAUCUUUUUGAAGAAGCGUUAGAAAAAUAUGGGAAGUGUUUUUAUGAAAUACAAAAUGACUUCCUUCCUUGGAAGUACCCAAAAAGCCUUGUAGAAUUCUACUACAUGUGGAAAACUACAGAUCAUUAUGUUCAGCAAAAACGUAUGAAGGCUAUUGAAGCAGAACAUCAUCUAAAGCAAGUAUACAUUCCAAAUUACAACAAGCCGAACCCGGCUGUUCUUUAUCCAGUUACAACUGAUUCUAGUAGCUCAGCAUCUGGAUGCGAGGGUUGUCCUAAUCUUACAUCAACUCUGUGGUAUGCUCUUGGUCCAUCUCAUUCUCCUUUAAAAGUUUGCGUUGAUUGUUGGAAUUACUGGAAGCGAUAUGGAGACUUAAAAUCCACAUCACUUUUGGAUAAAGUUUCCGAACCAAUUUCUUCCAAUCCAACAUGCGCUUCCAGCUCAGAUUCCAAAACCAUGAGUGUCUCGAAAACUAAUAUUUCCAUUACUGAACUCCAAGCUCGUAAACACUCACCCACUGUUUCGACUGACCACUCUACAAAGUCGAACGACUUAGGAGUUAAUAAUUCGAAUGCAUAUAUGCUAGCAUCUAAAGUUCGUACCAGCGUCAGCUUUCAUUUUGUCGCUAGUGUCACUCUUCGAAUCGCUCGUCGGCUGUGUGUGACUUCAAGUCCUCGACGCCGAGCUCGUCAACCAUUCAAACGCCUCACAUUUUUAUCUGGUUUCCACAAAGACACUCUCCCGUUGUUAACUAAACUUACUCCGGCUGAAUCUCAUAAACUUACAAAGCGAUUUCGAAAUAUAUCUGCGGUAAGCAAAUGCAAAUCCCGUGGAGUUGCCUUACAUUCUUUGGUCUCACGAUUGCAUAAAACAAAAUGUAGUUCAUCCAAUGGAGUAGAAACAGUUUUGGCUGGCGAACCCUUAUCUAUGAUUAUAGAAAACCCAAAAUAUGCCCCUUCAGAUACUGCUCUCGACUUAGCUGUGAACGGUUUGGUCACUACAUGUGAUUCCGGAAGUCUCAAGGAUCCUGGUUCGAUGCCUAACAGUGAUGAGCAUUCAGAUGCCGACUGUAUUUCUAAUAAGAACCCUAACUCGACAAUUCCUGAUGAUGAAUCGAACAUUGAAGUCAUGUCAAACAAUCAUGGGUGCAUAAAUUUGGGUCCAAAACGUCGUUUUACUGUUGGGUCUGAUGUAGAUGGUGCGUCAACUUUGAUGUACCGAGCCACUCAACUGAUUAAAAUUACCUUUAACCUCUUAAUGUAGGCAGAAACAAGGCUCAAAGCAGUGUACACAAACCUAUAUUUAGUCAGUAAGCUAAGUUUCAUAUAUCUCAUGUGCUUACAGCUACAGCAAAUCUGUUAAACAAGAUUUCACCGUUAUUUGAAAUAGAAUUAUUGAGAGACACUUGUCAUCAAAACUGCUGAAGUUUUAUCAUAAAGUUUGUAAUGCAGGAAUUUUCAUGCCGUUGCGUUCGAGUUCUUCACUGUUGUCUGUUGUAACUCUCCAAGAACAAAUAAGUAGGAGGAAUGUAUUGCAAACAGAAAUAACGAAUUGCAAAUCGAAGUUACUGACAUGAAAGAGCUUCUGCAUCAUAUUCUCAUGUGGGAUUGUUUCGUUAAUGCAAAUUUAUGUCUUGUUAAAUAUAAGCCUGAAAAGGUCUACUUUUUCUUCAUUUUCAUCCUUUACAAUUGAAUUAAUCCCUAUUGGUUUCUUAUUUUUUUAUUCCUUUGUUAAAAUGUCAUUUUCCUGGGUUAAUUUACAAGAAAUUUCUUUUGCUGUUUUAUUUUACCUCAGACGUUCUCGACGUAAAUUUUUGUCGUUAACUGAACUUCGUCGUUUCGGUCGUCAUCCUUGGUUUGAUUUUAAUGUGGGUUUACAUUCACAAAAUGGUCUACAUUCUAUUUCUUCAUAUUUAAAAAAGAAAUCUCAUACAGUCACAACCAAUUCGACUACAGAAACUGAUCUUCCAAAUCCUGGUAUUGUUACUUCAUCGUCAAGUGCACAUUGAAUUCAGAAUAGAUCGUCCCAUUACUUCAUUUCCAUAAUAGGACAUUUUCAACAUUUUUUGUGUUUUUACUGUUACUUUUGCAUGACGUUAUCAUGUCAGACAUUAAUACUGACAGUAUUGUAAAACUUAUUCAAAUCCUAUUCCAGUAUUGUUUUCACCAUUCAUUAGUUUCGCCGGGAUUUAAGUUAAGUAAUUUCAUCAUCAUUAUCACUUCAUUGUUUUUGGUGUAUAGAAAUGUAAUAUCUCUUCUUUUAUGCUUUCCUUGUUCUAAGUUUAUAAAAAAAUGUCUUCUUCAUCUUGAUUCCAUUUUCUGUAUCUUCCUAUUUGCUCAUUAGGUUAUUUGAAUAAACUUGUAAUGUCUAAUUUUUUCAGUUAUUUAGGAGGGUGCAUUUAACAAAAUUCAAGUUACCGGAAAAUAUUACAUUCAAGGUGUUUAUUUUCUGUGAA